UCAGGCCGCUAGAGAAGGGAGGUAAAGUGUAGUCACAAGGCUGAGACUGUUACACACAAGUACAUUGAACGUGGCGGGGAAACAUCCGGCUGGGAGGUGUGAUCAUUGUCAGGAGGUGAUGGAGACAGUGGAUGUUCUAUUUCAGUGCCAGAAAUAUGUGAGAGAAAGGGAGCGAUUGUUAUUAGAUUUGGGACUGAAGAGCCAGGAUUAAGUGAACUGCUGGGACAUCUUCAGGGGAUGUCGUUUUUAAUUAUGUAUUUCGUUUAGUUUGGGAGACGAGAUUAUUGGGUAGAAUAAAACCUUCACUGUCUCUGGUCCACAAUCCAGACCGGUUGGUGGCGGUAAUGCACCUUAAAGUUGGUUGCCAACCGCCAUAUAAAAUCCACAGAAGAAGACCAAUUUCUUCCCAUUAGAAACGACAGGCUGUGGUCUAUUUUGGGUUAGUUAUUUAAAAAAUCGUUGUCCAGUUUCCGCUCUGUUUUAGCUAUUUAGCUAACUAACGAUCUAGUUAGUUGUUUAGCCGUCUUUGUUUAUAUUGAUAAAACACUCUUAUUUUGACACAAUUUAGGUCGCCAACCUAUCGUCAGUAAUUUAAUAAGUGCAAGCUCGCGAAAAGAAAGAAAGCAACCACGAAGAAUAUGGAGGUUGAUUUCCCAGAGCAAGACGCUAGUAGCACGGACGAAGAAGACAUCGUCAGCUCUUCUGUAUCUGAAGAUGGAGACAGCUCGGAGAUGAACGACGAGGACUGCGAGAGGAGACGAGUGGAAUGCAUGGACGAGAUGACUACCCUGGAGAAGCAAUUCGGCGACUUGAAAGAACAGCUGUACAAGGAGAGGCUCUGUCAGGUGGAUAUAAAGCUACAGGAGGUCAUAGCAGCCUGUGCCCAAGAGUAUCUGGAACCACUGGCCAACCUACAGGAGAAUAUGCAGAUCAGAACUAAAGUGGGCGGGAUCUACCAAGAGCUGUGUCUGGAGUCUGUGAAGAACAAGUACGACUGUGAGAUCCAGGCUGCCUGCCAACACUGGGAGAGCGAGAAGCUGUUGCUGUUUGACACAGUGCACAGUGACUUAGAGGAGAAGAUCAGACGCCUGGAGGAGGACCGACACAGUAUCGACAUCACCUCAGUACUUUGUAGAAGCACCUUUGGCAGUGAUUACAGCUGUGAGUCUUUCUGGAACUGUGGAACGAUGGUUUAUGUUCACGGAAGAACAAGACGAAGGAUCCCUUCUGCCCUGUCAAGAAAAAGAAGCCUGUUGUUGUCUCAGGUCCAUAUAUUGUUUACAUGUUGCAAGACCUCGAUGUACUUGAAGACUGGACAGCAAUACGAAAGGCACCACAGGCGGAGGUGACAUUGGGGUCGCACAGGGUCAAGGUUGAUGUCCCUACCAAGGCGGACAGACACGAUCAUGUGGCGAGGUCAGAGGAGGGCAGACUGUUCUAUGACAGCCAGUGGUAGUGCAGAGGACAGGCCUUGUGUAUCAACAAGAAGGACCAACACACUACCAGCGCCAUAAUAACCGCCAUAAACCAUGACGAGGUGUGGUUCAAACAGCCUGACUGUCCAAACUCUACGUCUCUCAGCUGCAGGAAGGCAAAUACACCAUCAAACACUCCUAAAGUCCCUCACAGCCUGCCGUACUCUUUCACCCUGGAUAACAGAUGAACUCCACUGCCAUAAUGUCCUCUCCUUUAUGUCAGUGGACUUAAGCAAGCCUGGUCCUGGAGAGCUACAGGUCAGGAUGUGUAGGGUCAGUGACUGACUAAUGCUCUUUGUAUGUUAAUAUGAUCUGCGAGGCCAACAAGUGUCAUUCCUUCUCUAAACUGGAAACGAGAAGUGAAAUUCUGGUUGUAAGGAGGAGUGGUGUUGUAGUGGGUCUUUAGUGUAUUUUACCCCCCUUCUCCCUAAUUACUAUCUUGUUUCAUCGCUGCAACUCCCUAACUGGCUCGGGAGAGGCGAAGGUGAAUUCCGAAACAUGACUCGCCAAGCCGCACUCCUUAACACCCGCCAGCUUAACCCGGAAGCCCGCCGCACCAAUGUGUCGGAGGAAACACUGUUCAACUGGCGACCGUGGUCAGCCUGCAGUCACCUGGCCAGCCACAAGGAGUCGCUAGAGCGCGAUGGGCCAAGUAAAGCAACCCCCUCCCCGCGAUGCAGUGCCUUAGACCGCUGCGCCACUCGGGAGGCCCCAUAGUGUGCCUUUUUUUGCCUACAGUCUUGAACUAACUCUGCUCUUCUGGCCGGUGAGAACAGGACGAGGAUCAAGUCAAGGACAAUUGGUUGUGACUGGAUGGCUGGCUAAACCCUGGCCCUAGUGAUGUUUCCUUCACUGUGAGACCCCCACCUCUUGUAGUAUUCCAUGUCUAGUCAUCUUUCAUGUCUCUGUUACUAUUCUGAUAAGGAUACACCGCUCUCGCUUUUUCUGUCUUCCUGCCCUCCUCAAGGGGACAUGAUACCAUUUUCACCUAACCAAUGCUGUCAGAUGUGUUAUCAAUUGACGGAAGGAUGGAUGUUAACUGUAUUUUAGCAUGGCCAAGGUCAGUAGAGAUGUGUCAAAAUGUCUGGUUGUUGUACAAUCACGUCCAUGCCAUCCUAGUCUUUUGCACAUUAUUGGAUAUUGUGGGAAAGCAUUUGUUUGUCUGUGUAUAAAGUACCACCUGCCAACAGUUUUUUUUAUUUUUUUAUAUCUUAAGGAUUCUCAACAUAUUAUGAAUUGUGUAGAUGUUACAUGCUGUAUAUAAUGGGAGCAUAUGCUGGGUUUUUUUCGCAGCCUAUGAAGAAUUCUACUUAUGUCCGUCUGAGUACGACCAGACCGAAUGUUUCACUGCCAUCAGUUGAACAGUAGUCCUGCUGCCUUGAGGUUUUAUUUGUAAAGUUGUUUUAUUUACGCUCCGUCUACACUUCAUUGUCAUGUUAUGCGGGAGGAAAAUCGAAAUAAAAUGUCAGUCACAAUUCAUGUACAGCAAAUAAAAUAUUUAAUUUUGUAGUAAA